UAUUGUAACAAUUGGCCAUCAAAUCGUGACGUUUCUAGAAGAAAGAGACAUAACCGUACAUUAUAAAAUUUAUCGCAUAUACUAUGGGAAUCAAUCUGAGCGAUAUAAGACAAAAUACCGUCUUAUCGAUGCAUAUCGGCAGAUAGUAGACCGAAUUAAUAAAGUAGAAGGAGAAGCGCAGUACCACGGAAGAUCACGUGAAAGAUCGUGUGCCACUGAUUUGUUGAAAGAGGUGGGAGCACCUGCUGUUGUUGGGAACUAGCUGAGAAAAACACGCGCGAUAUAUUAGUCUCUGUCGGGCGCACUCGCGAGAUCAGUCGUCGAGCAGCGGGUUUUUCGAUCGCGAUCCAGACUCCGCGAUUCGUAGAUUGGCUGAUGACCGUCAUGAUGAGACACACGAUUCUAUUUCUGUGCGGCUACGUGCUCGCCAUCGCUCAAUCGCGAACAGUUUCACGCGUUGACGACAUUACUACCGAUCCUCCCAUCAAUAACGAUGGCGAUCAAGUCACCAAAGAACCAUUCACUUUGGAAGAAAUUUAUCUUCAUUUGUACCAGUCAUCUGGUUUCAACGGCACAUGGGUCUCUGACAGAGAAAUCAUGGUUGCGGAUUUCGAUACUAGCGAUAUUACUGUUUACAACGUAGUUACUGGAAAAAAUAGACGAAUUUUUGACGGAUGGAACUUACCACUGCCAUACAAAUUCAGCACGGUAGCUUUCUCGGCCGACAACCAAUAUAUUCUUUUCGGUUACAAUAUUAGAAAAGUGUUUAGACACUCGACCGUCAGGAGUUACGUAGUAUACAAUAUAAACAAUGGCACAUACGAAGAGAUCGCGAAUGAAGCUCCUAUCACGCUGGCGCUGUGGUCACCGAUCGGCAGUGAUUUGAUUUACGUUUAUGAUAAUGAUAUUUAUCAAAUGACGUUUAAUCAUAGUCAGAACAUUGUGCGAAGAUUAACGACAAGCGGCAAAUCCGAAGUUAUUUACAAUGGAAUUCCGGAUUGGGUAUACGAAGAGGAAGUGUUUGCAUCCGCGACCGCGAUGUGGUAUGCACCGGAUGGACGGCAUCUAGCUUUUGCAACCUUCAACGAUACUGUAGUGAAGGAUAUGGCAUAUUUUCAUUAUGGAGACCCCGGCUCUCUCGAGGACCAAUAUCCCACGGAAAUAAAGAUAAAAUAUCCCAAGGCGGGCACGCCGAACCCGGAAGUAUCUUUAUCGAUAAUCGAUUUGACCAGUCCAUCGUCAAAAGCAAUCACCUUGAAAGCACCCGUUGAUGCAGUUGGCAGUGACAAUGUUUUGUUUACCGUGAGCUGGUGGGAUGCGACACAUGUAAUCGCGACGUGGACGAACCGCGUGCAAAACCAGUCCCAGUUGAUCAUGUACGAUACACAAGGUACCAGCAGCCCGAUUCUAGACGAGGAGGAAACCGAGGGCUGGCUUCAGCCGAAUCAUCCUACAAAAGCUGCCGGUUACGCAUUAAUUUUACAACGGGAAGAUUCGAAUACCAGCGCUGGUAGAUUUCGACAUAUAAUCAGAUACGAGUACGAGAGCGGCCGAUUCGUUUCGCCGGUGGAUCUAACGCCCGGUCCCUCCGAGGUGCACUCGAUUCUGGCCGUCGAUUUGUUCAGAGACAGAGUUUACUACCUCGCCACAGCGCCCGGUGUGCCGUCCCAGAGAAAUUUGUAUUCGGUGCCGCUGGAUGCGAGCCAGAAGCCAACUUGUGUAUCCUGCGAGCUACUCACGCCAGAAGGAAAUAAAUGCGCCUAUGCGACUGCAUCUUUUUCAAGCUUGAGAUCAUAUUACGCCCUCCUCUGUUCCGGGCCUGAUCCAGUCACGGUGACGAUUAACGACGCGAAUCAUCGGCCAGUCUUGUCUUGGGAGACUAACUCGCUGACGAGAAAUCUUUUGUCGCAUCGAUUGAUGCCGCAACAAAGAGAUUUUAUCGUCACCGUGAACGGCUAUAACGCUAGAGUUAGAUUGUUCCUGCCGCCAGAUUUUGACAAGAAUAAAUCGUACCCUUUGCUAGUAUUCGUUUAUGCUGGUCCAAACACAGUUAGGAUCACCGACGCUGCUAAAUAUGAGUACGAAUAUUAUCUGACAACCAACAGACGAGUGAUCUACGCAUGGAUCGAUGGACGAGGAUCGGCCUUCAAGGGCAGUAAGAUGCUCUUCGAGAUAUACAGGAGAUUAGGAACCGUGGAGAUCGAAGAUACGAUCGCUGUUACUGCAGAGCUGCAGAAACGAUAUAAAUGGAUCGACGCAAAUAGAACUGGUAUAUGGGGUUGGAGUUACGGUGGUUUCACUACCGGUAUGGUACUCGCGACGGAUACAGCCUCCGUGUUCAAAUGCGGUAUAUCCGUUGCCCCGGUUACUUCGUGGAUCUAUUACGACUCCAUUUACACGGAGCGAUUCAUGGGACUGCCGACUCCCGAGGACAACCUCGCCGGUUACAACCGCACGGAUAUCACACGACGGGCGGAGGGAAUACGCGGCAAAAAGUACAUGCUGAUACACGGUACCGGGGACGAUAACGUGCACUACCAGCAAGCAAUGGCGCUCGCCAAGUCGCUGGAGUAUAAUGACAUCCUGUUCGAGCAGGUCACGUAUACGGACGAGGCGCAUGCCCUCGAACACGUGUCCCCUCACCACUAUCACACAAUGGACAAAUUUUGGAACGAAUGCUUCAAGUUGAGUCGUGCUCGCUGACCUAGACUUAACGCCGGUGCCAUCAGAAAAGAGAGAAUCGUUCGCGGCGAGAAAUUUUACUCGCGCUAAAUGCCGGAUACUUUGUGAUACGAGAACACGCACAUACUAUAAAACAUGCUAUAAAGGAAAAUUUCUACCAAAGAAAAUUUACGAUCUGGUGCCAAGCGUGAAUUGCGAUUAACUUAGCGAUUCUUAACUACCUGUCACAUGUAAUUUAUCACUCGAAGCAGAUUAAGCUUCGCUCGUGCCAUAUUUCUCUCUAUAGAAACGCGUGGUCUGACGAAACUUGGGCAAAUAAACAAAAAAAUGUGCGCAUAAUAUGGAACUCCUACUUGUUUUAGGAUUUCAUAUUGUGGUAUUUUUUUAAGGUGUACUUUUCUUGUUGGACUUUAUACAAAUGUGUCAAAAUAAAUGAAAUUUAUUGUCUCACGGCAAAGAAUAAAAAGAAUCUUUUUCAAA